AAUUGUUUGAUUUAAUGUGGACCCCAGGAAGAAUAGUCUUCAUCUCUAUGAAGACUAAUGGGGAUCCAAAGGAUAAAAUACAAUAAACAAUCUCACGUCUUUACCACUUCGAAUCACAUCGUGCGUCCGAUCCCCUGUGACGGAGUUAUUUUUAGGACUCCUUCACUAAAUAUAACCCGCCUCCAUCAUUUGUCACCGCGUCACAACAAGUAACAUUAUCCCAUUUUGUUUAGUUUUUUCUUGCCCACCGGCUGAGCUGGAGGAGAGGUGUCGGGUUUGGGGGGCUAUAAAAGGAGGGACGAGCAUGGGGACUCCACACCACCAUCCAGACCAGAGCCCGGAGAGGUAGGAGCUAGACCUGCUCAGGAGGGGAUUAGGCUACAAUAGUCCGGGUCAAAAUGUCAUAGUUUUUACUCAAACUCUGUUUUUAUGCAGAAAAAACCCACCUAAUUCUUUUCUUUUUCAACUUAUUGUGUGUUUUUACUUUAGGUGGCUUCAUCGGCGUCAAAAUGACUAUUUGGUGCAACUCCUGCAGAUGUCACGUGAGUGCUCCGUGCUCCUCUCAUCAUCUAGCCGAGGAGGACCGCAGCUCCUUCUACAGAAGGUUCAGAUCCACCAAAGGAGCAUCCAAAGCCCGACGGGACCACAUUAAUCAUGAGAUCAGGAAUAUGCGCUCUCUUUUGCCCAUCACUCAGGAGGACCAGGAGCGUCUCUCCUACCUCCACUCCAUGGCCGCCAUCUGCGCCUACAUCAGGAAGUCUGUUCUCUUCCAGGGACUCCCAGCUGUGGGGAGAUCACAGUGCUCUCUGCCAUACGAGGCCUUCCUCCAAGCCCUGCACGGCUUCAUCCUGGUCACCACCGCACAGGGGAGGCUGGUCUACGUGUCCGAAAAUGUAGCUGAAUAUCUCGGUCUGUCCAUGAUAGAUGUGCUUCAAGGAGACACUUUGUAUGACAUGGUGGAACGCUCUGAUGUUGAUAUCGUUAAAUCAAACCUGGACACUGAAAACGACUCAUCAUCAGAGAGGAGCUUUAUAUGCUGCAUGCAAACCUCCAAAGCCUUCAAGCUACAACACGGCAGCAGCUGUUCCAUGAUGGUCAGAGGGAGCUUCCAGUCUUUCCCUCAGUCUUGCCCGUCCUCCUCAUCUGCCUGUCCCACCAACCAGCCGCUGUUUGUGGCCCUCUGCACCCCCACGGCUAACCGUCUGCAGAGCUCUGACUCCCACUUCUGUCACAGCUUCAGCAGCGUCCACAGACUGGAUAUGACCUUCACUCAGCUGUCAGACAGUGUGUUGUAUUUUUUGGGGUAUUCGGCAGAAGAAAUGACCGGCCGAUCGUGGUACAGUCUCGUCCAUCCUGAAGAUCUUUCUUUGAGUGCAGAUUCUCAUAGAAGUUUAAUUCAGGCAGAUGAAGGCUUCCAGGUAGAAAUGGUGCUCAGACUCCAGUGCAAGGAUCUGUCAUGGACCUGGAUCUACAUUCGAGCUAACAAGGACUCUGAGUGCCGGAGUGUGAGCUGCACUAACUUCAUCAUCAGUGAAAUGGAGGCCAGAUUCCUGCAGGAGAAAAUCAGCAGCGAUGCCUUUAGGCCAUCAUCUUUGGUAAAUCCCUGCAAUUUUGCAGGUCAACAGGCGCCCCACGCUCUGAGCCACAGCAACACUAAAUGCUUUAAAAGACAGAGGACGUCUGACGGCGAGGAGCCAGCUGCCAAAGCUAAGAGAGAGUCUGAGCAAGACCUAUACUAUGCUGUGUGCGUCUCCUCCCAAGGCGAUAGCUCACCUGUUCCCUUCGGUGACAGCCUUGCUCUCUUCACCCCUCCCUACAGCCCGGCCUCCUCCAGCUCCCCUCUGCAGCAGGAGGAGCUCAGCCAUGACCUCCUGAUGGAUGUGCAUGGAUACACAGAUCAGCUGCUGUCCUCCCCUGAGUGCUCUCCCUCCUAUUACUCCUACCCAGAGGCAGGGCUCACUUGCCACCAAUCCCCCACCGACUCCCUCCCUGCAGGCGCCGAACAAACCUUUGACCAGGCAGCCUUCGGCGCGCUCGCCGCUCGCUCUCCACUCUCCUCCUCCUCAUCGCCGACAUAUGAUUUCCAAGCUUGUUCGGCCGAUGCUCGAUUAGUUCCAGACUGCCUGUCUGCGUCGGAUACGUGUGAGAGCCCAGUGGACUGUGCUCUGCAUCAAGACGAAUUCAGCCUUCUGGAGCAGCCACAAGGGGGCAGCCUGGUCCAGGUGCAUCAUGUUCCCCAACACGUGCUGCCCGUACAGUCCAGUCUCCUCACCCCCAACCAAUCUCCCCCAUCCACUAGCCAUUACGACGAGAGGGAACAAGCAGAGAUCAGUAUUCUGGCUCAGCAGAUCUCCUCUCUGGCUAGCAGCUUCGCCAUGUAUCACACCCUGAACCCGCUUCAAAAUGUGGCUCAACCUGCAUCCACUAACACCCUGCCCUCAGCCUGCCAAUGGCCUCCUCUCCCAUCAGCCGCUCCUCUCAAACGCGAGCUGGUCCUUGAUGACGCCAUGUUUGACAGCAUCCUGAAAGACCUGGACGUGAUCACAAGGAAAAGCAGCAUGUCCGGCCCCGGUGUAGUACCAUGCAGCUACCAGCAGGGCUUGUUGCGCUGCAGGAGUGGGUCCCAUCAGUUGGAGCAGGAGCCCCUCUGUCUCUCCCCGACCAUCGCAGAGGAAUUGCUGCCUGCGGAGCAGUUCACUGUCAUGGAUCCCUUCAGUUUGCAGUUGGGACGCCAUGACCAAAACACUGGGUUGCAUCAACUCAACCACUAUAUGCAGGAUGCCAUUCAUCAAGAUGGACUUGUUGAAGAAAACCUGUACUGAAAUAAGUCUGUGACUUACUGAGCUACCACUUGUAUGACAUAUUGUCAGGGCAAUCCUUCCCUUUCCUUCACUGGAUUCAAAGACAUUUAAAGGACGUCUUUGCAAAGACACUGUGUCCUUAAAUGACUUAUUUCUGAAUGU